UGAUGUAGAAGCAAGAACUACAGUGGAGCAUGUUCAUCAUUACUUGAAAACCCAAAAAAGAAAAACGGUUUAUAAAAGAUGGCGAUUAACAUAAAAGAUUUAAAGGAUAAAUAAGAGUUUUUGAAGAAAGAAGAGUCCAUCUGACAUGAAUUCCUCGUGGGCGAGUCUUACCCAAAAGAAAACGUGGAUGUGGGGUUUGUCGAAAAGCAAUUUAUCCUCCUUAUUUACUAUUUUCUUACGGACUGAAUGAACCAGGAUUACUUACUGUUUUCUCACCCCCAAAAAUUAAAGCAAAACGCAAAUGGCUGCAGCCACCGUCUCAUCUCACUUCACUCCCCGUAAAUGUUUCACUGUUCGUUUCAGUAAUAGGAGCUGCAGCUGCUCCGCUCCUUCUUUACCUUUUCUACAUCCCCCCACUUUGAGGACUAAUGCGGUGGUUAAGCUUUCUGCUUCCAAAGACAAUGCUAAUGCUGUUACCCACUCUGUGCCUCACUCUAAGGUGCAAACGCACACCAUUUCGGUUUUUGUUGGCGAUGAAAGUGGAAUAAUAAACCGGAUUGCCGGCGUUUUUGCUAGAAGAGGAUUUAACAUUGAGUCCCUUGCCGUUUGUCUGAACGAAGACAAGGCUCUCUUUACUAUAGUUGUCCGUGGAACUGACAAUGUCUUGAGACAAGUAGUAGAGCAGCUUAACAAGCUUGUCAGUGUCAUAAAGGUGGAAGAUAUCUCAAGAGAACCACAAGUAGAACGUGAACUUAUGCUCAUCAAACUUAAUGCAGAUCCAAUGACCCGCCAUGAGAUCAUGUGGCUAGUGGACAUCUUCAGAGCAAAAGUUGUGGAUAUCUCAGAGCAUACAUUAACUAUUGAGGUCACUGGAGACCCUGGCAAGAUGGCUGCUGUCCUGAGGAACUUGAGCAAGUUCAGAAUCAAAGAACUUAGUAGAACUGGAAAGAUUGCUCUGAGACGGGAAAGGAUGGGUGAGACGGCUCCAUUUUGGAGAUUUUCUGCAGCUUCCUAUCCUGACCUUGAAAGAAUGCAGCCUGGUAAUGCUCUUUUCAGUAAUCCUGUGAAAGAGAAUUCAAGUGGAUCACUUAAUGGCAGCACCGUUUCUUCCUCAAAGGGUGAUGUAUAUCCCGUGGAAGAUGACUUCUCAGUGAAUCAAGUCCUUGAUGCUCAUUGGGGUGUUCUUUAUGAUGAAGAUUCAACUGGAUUUUGGUCACAUACAUUAUCGAUGCUUGUGAACGAUUCUCCUGGUGUUCUCAACAUGAUCACUGGGGUUAUAUCUCGGAGGGGUUAUAACAUUCAGAGUCUUGCUGUGGGCUCUGCUGAAAGAGAGGGACUUUCUCGUAUUACAACUGUGAUUCCUGGAACCAAUGAGUCAAUUGGCAAGUUGGUUCUGCAGCUGCACAAGUUGAUAGAUAUGCACGAGCAAAUGGAUGACAAGAAAAGGCUGGUGGUUCAUCAGGUACGCGAUAUUACACACGUGCCAUUUGCAGAACGAGAACUGAUGCUGAUUAAAAUAGCUGUUAACACUGCUGCUAGGAGAGAUGUCCUGGAUAUUGCUAGCAUAUUUCGAGCCAAAGCUGUUGAUGUGUCUGAUCACACAAUUACCCUUGAGCUUACAGGUGAUCUAAACAAAAUGGCUGCCCUGCAGACAGUAUUAGAGCCAUAUGGGAUUUGUGAGGUGGCACGGACUGGAAGGGUGGCAUUGGUACGAGAAUCGGGUGUGGAUUCCACAUACCUCCGCGGAUAUCCACUUCCGCUGUAAUAUUUGAGAUAAUUACUUGUUAGUAUUAGUAGCUUGUAUUCAAUGUGGACCAUCUGAAGUAGGGUUUUCUUUGCCCAUUCGCUUAAUUGGUCUUUUUCUGCUUUCCAUUCCCUCAGACAAGUCAAGUUUCCCACGUUUCUGUCAUGAGUCUUGAAGCUGAGCUGCAUGCAUAUCAUAGAAUUGGUGAUUUACAUUGAAGACAGUUAAAAAAGUUUUAAGCAUUGUUCUU